AUGGAGUUUGGUGAGACAGAGAAAAAGAAGGUUAAUUCUGAGGUUCCAUGGACACCCACCACACCUUUUAAGCCCAUUGCUCAAAGACCAGUGCAGAUCUGCAAUACUGGAGAGAGAAAUCAGCUGAAUUCUCAUUUCAAUGGGGAAUUCGUAUCUUUGGAAUCCUUUGCAGGUGGAGAUGUUAACAAGAGGUCAGAAUUUGUGGAAUCUGUGGCUGGAACAUCAAACAUUGGUCAUGACAAUGCGAGAACUCGGGUACAGGUCUCAUUCGACGAUGUUCCUGGUCCGAGUAACAGUUUUGCUGAGCUUUUGGCUCAGGCAGGGGCUCCUUCAGCUUAUGCUAAUUCAAGAUAUAGUUUUUUGGAGAACCAGUUUGUUCCUGGUGUGUGGAACUCGCAGUUCGACCAGAGCUAUGCAUUGCUUGGUCAUCACAAUCUGUAUCAGCAACAGCCCUAUACCAGUUUCAUUCCUGACAAUUACCAAGAUCCUCAAGGCACAUCAUACAUGGCUUACUAUGGUCAGACCAAUUCUCAGAUUGCCCUGCCUCCAGAAAAUGUCGUCGCAGCAAAAGACAAGCAAGUUGUGGAGACACAGAUUUGUAUGGAACAGCUGGAUCAAAGGGAAGACGGGGAUAAUGCCUCUGCCACAAUGUGCGAUAAAUCACACAACAAACUCUAUGAUCCUGCUGUUGUAGACUUGACUGCUAUUCCUACACCAUGCAAGGAGGAUAAUAACCGCAAUAAGGAAAUACACCAUGUUAUUGAUCUUAAUGAAAUACCCCAAACAAAACCGAAAAGAAGAAAGCACCGUCCCAAGGUCAUAAAAGAAGGAAAAGCGAAAAAACCCAGGAAGCCAGCCACUCCAAAGCCUGAUCAAUCAAAAGAAAACUCAACUCAAAAGAGGAAGUAUGUGAGAAAGAAAGAUCCAAACACUACUGCAGCAGAAGUGCCAGGGGAAUGCAAUGAACAAUUAAUACCUGAGUCUGCCAAAAAGACGUGUAGAAGGUCCUUAUACUUUGAGAUACCAGAACAACAAAGAGAUGGAAACUUUGCAUGCGGAGAGGAAAAUGCAACUAUGCGUUUUGGUGGAGAAAGUGGCAUAGAGGACCAGGCAUACCAGUCGAAGUAUUGGGUUCAGUUUCCAAAUGUUCAGAAGAAAAGGAGAAGUGAAAAGGGGAAAUUUUCUAACACAUCAAAUACAUCUUUCGUAACUGCUACAAAAGAUGUACAACUAGCAACAUGCUCUGAAGAAAAUGCUAGAUCACAUCAAGGUGCCUCAACUUCUAAUGGCUGGACUUCUGCUUCUGCUUCUGAAUAUGAAACAGCGAAGCUCCUAACCAUGCUCAGAGCUACAGAAAGUGCUACCUGUGAUAAAUCGCAAUCGCAAUCGCUCGAGUACAAUUUAUUUUCAGGACAGAGCACACCAACCAAAAAAAGAUCAAGAGUCACUAACAGAGCUCAUGAUUAUACUUCACUGACCAUAGUCAGAAACUGUGACGCCAAACUUACUAAUAUUGCAAACCAAAGCAGUACUGGUAGAAAAACAUUUGAGGAUGCACAAAGACCACAAACAGGCAUUGAUGCUCUAGUCGCAGAGAUGCGUGCAUCACUCACAAAAAAGAAACGGAGUAAAAAGAGAAGUGUUUCAAUCAGUUCUGCAUAUUAUAGCAGAGAUGAAAUGCAACAGCAUCUUCCCUCGCAUAGCUCAUUAGGUGUUGCUCGCGGAGAGAGCUGGAAAAGCAUAUAUACGGUGGACACAUUAACACAGCAGUUUAGCCAGCUAAACAUAUAUAGAGAAGCUAGAGAGCUUGUGUUGUAUGACCAGAAUGCACUUGUCUCUUACAAGCAGAAAACUGAAAAACGCAAAGGCCGGCGGGUUCAUGAAUAUGGCACCAUGAUUCCCUACGAAGGCGUGUUUGAUCCCAUCAAGAAACAACGCCCAAGACCUAAAGUUGAUCUCGAUGAGGAAACUAAUAAAGUGUGGAAGCUUCUGAUGUUGGAUAUAAACAGUCAUGGGGUUGAUGGAACAGAUGAAGACAAGGCCAAAUGGUGGGAAAAUGAGCGAAAUGUUUUUCGAGGACGAGCAGAGUCAUUUAUUGCACGGAUGCAUCUUGUACAAGGAGACAGGCGCUUUUCCCGUUGGAAAGGAUCAGUGGUGGAUUCAGUAGUUGGAGUUUUCCUUACUCAAAAUGUCUCAGACCAUCUUUCCAGUUCUGCGUUCAUGUCCCUUGCUGCUCGAUUUGCUGUAAAGCCAAGCAGCAAGUACGAUACAUGCCAUGAUGAAAGUGCAAGCAUGAUAGUCAACUCACCAGAGGUGCAGAUUGUGGAACCAGAAGAAAAUGCAAAGCUGGAAGAAAUAUUGAAUCAAUCUGUUCAUGAAUUGAGUUGUAUGACAAAAGACAUCAUUGAACAUCCUGAAGAAAGAGAAACUGUUGACAGCAACAGCAUUGAUUCCUGUGGAACUACUGGCAGCUUAAAAGAUGAAUCAAAUUGUAAGAUGUCGGAACCUGCUCAAAGAAAUAUUAGCGAACAUAGUACAGUGGAAUUUGUUAGUCCUGUAACUGGGGAAGGGCAAGAAAAUUCAUGUAAUGGGGGUGUUAGGAAAGAGUUAAAUGUUUUAUUUUCAUCCCAUUGCUCCAUUGUUACAUCUCAAUUGUCUGGAGAUUUUUCCAUUGAUCAAAAUCCUGAGAAGAUAGGAUCAGUCUCAGACAGCAACACAGAAGUAGAAGAUCGGCUAAGCACAGCCGAAUACAAUGUUUCCAACAGGACUUCUUUCAGUAACCUUUUAGGAUUGGCAAGUUCGACGCAGUUACAUGAAGUUAACAGUCAGAGAAACAAUCUAACUGAGAAUUUGAGAGAUUCAUAUGGUCAGCCUGUAGCUAUGAGGCAUGACAACCUGGAGGAGAACUUGGAAAAAUCAAAUACCACUCAAAGCUACUUAGAAGCAAUCACGGCACAGGGCAAUGACUAUAAUUUGAAAAUGACCCCCAACUCUGGAGUCCUUGAAGUCAAUUGCUUUAAUCCCAUCAAUGUCGAAGCCUCGUCAAGUGGCUCCUCAAAGAAUAAAAAUGAAGAUAACAUAAGCUUGAGUUCUCCAGCAGAGUCUCACAGCAUGCUAUCCCAAGCCCAUCUUCAGCAGCAUAGUGAUGACAAGCAGCACGAGGCUUUCCACAUUUCUGGACAAAGUCAAGAUCUUAUGCCGAAAUCAAAGGAAUCAGAUUCUUGUGACCACAGCUAUGCCAUUACGAAUGAAAACAGUAAGUUAGAUUCUGCUCCUGUAAAAUCAAAAGGCAAGAAAGAGAAAAAGGAUAGCUUCAAUUGGGAUAGUUUAAGAGUACAGGCACUAGCUACAGCAGGGGAAAGAGAAAAGACAGAAAGCACCAAGGACUCUUUGGACUGGGAGGCCGUGAGGCGAGCAAACGUCAAUGAAAUUGCUGAUGCGAUUAAAGAACGGGGCAUGAACAACAUGCUUGCUGAACGUAUUCAGAGUUUCCUGAAUCUACUCGUUGAUAAACACGGGGGUAUAGAUCUCGAAUGGUUGAGAGAUGUUCCACCUGACCAAGCAAAAGAAUUCUUGCUCAGCAUAAGGGGAUUGGGAUUGAAAAGUGUGGAGUGUGUGCGACUGUUAACACUGCACCAUCUUGCUUUCCCGGUGGACACAAAUGUUGGGCGAAUUGCAGUGCGAUUGGGAUGGGUACCUCUCCAGCCACUGCCGGAGUCACUACAGUUGCAUCUUCUAGAAUUGUACCCUGUGUUGGAAUCCAUACAAAAAUAUCUCUGGCCACGGCUGUGCAAGCUUGAUCAAAGAACAUUGUAUGAGCUACAUUACCAGCUGAUUACAUUUGGAAAGGUCUUCUGUACAAAAAGCAAACCAAACUGUAAUGCAUGUCCAAUGAGAGGGGAAUGCAGACACUUCGCAAGUGCUUUUGCAAGUGCAAGGCUUGCCCUCCCAGGACCGGAGCAGAAGAAUUUAGUUAUUGCAACUGGAAACAAUGCAACUGAUCAGAACCCAUCAGUAAUCAUCAAUCAUUCGCCCUUGUCUCUCCCAGAACCGGAGCAGAGGAAUAUAGAUAUGACAACUAGAAACAAUACAACUGAUCAGAACCCAUCAGUAAUCAUCGAGCAGUUUCCCUUGCCUCUCCCAGAAUCGGGUCAGAAGAAUAUAGAUAUGACAACUGGAAACAAUACGACUGAUCAGAACCCAUCAGUAAUCAUCAAUCAGUUGCCCUUGUCUCUCCCUGAAAACACAAACCAAGCAGAAGAACUUAUACAAACAGUUGCGAUCAGGCAACAUGAAACAAACUCUGAAAUCAACAUCUGCCAACCCAUUAUUGAAGAGCCAGCAUCUCCAGAGCCAGAAUGCUCCCAUGUAUCCGAUAAUGAUAUAGAGGAUGCUUUCUAUGAGGACUCCGAUGAAAUUCCAACCAUCAAACUAGACCUAGAAGAGUUCACUGUGAAUUUACAAAAUUAUAUGCAAACAAACAUGGAACUUCAAGAAGGUGAAAUGUCAAAGGCCUUGGUUGCUCUAAAUCAAGAAGCUGCUUACAUUCCUACACCGAGGCUGAAGAACGUGAGCCGGUUGCGCACAGAGCAUUCUGUAUAUGAACUCCCAGAUUCACAUUGUCUUCUGGAAGGGUGGGAAGUGCGGGAACCUGAUGAUCCGGGCAAAUACCUUCUAGCAAUAUGGACCCCAGGCGAGACAGCAAAUUCCAUACAGCCACCAGAAAGAAAGUGCAGCUCUCAGGGCUGUGGCCAGCUCUGUAAUGAGGAGGAAUGUUUUUCAUGCAACAGCUUCCGUGAAGCAAGUUCGCAGAUGGUUCGAGGGACAAUCCUGAUACCAUGUCGAACAGCAAUGAGAGGGAGCUUUCCGCUAAACGGCACCUAUUUUCAAGUCAAUGAGGUUUUCGCAGACCAUGAAUCAAGUCUUAACCCAAUUAGCGUUCCCAGAAGUUGGAUAUGGAACCUCAAUAGGAGAACAGUACACUUCGGAACCUCAAUACCAUCUAUAUUCAAAGGUUUAUCAACACAAGAAAUUCAACAGUGCUUCUGGAGAGGGUUUGUUUGUGUGCGAGGAUUCGACAGGCAAACACGAGCACCCCGUCCUCUAAAGGCCAGACUACAUUUCCCAGCAAGCAAGCUAGCCAAGAACAAGGAGCAGGCCAAGAAAGACUCGAAGGCAGCAGCAAACUCACAAGGAUUGAAUUUGAACUCAAAUACAGAACAGUCAGAAUGUCUCGCGGGCAUUCCCAACUUGCAGCCAAACAACGGCGAAUCCUGA